AUGAAUUUGGAAUCAUGUAAUAAAAUAAAUUAUUUAGACAUUAAUGAUUAUAAGAAAUCUAUUAUAAAUGUAGACUUAAAACAUUAUUUUAAAAAUUAUGGAUAUGAAAAUUGUAAAGAAUUAAAAGAAAUUAUUAGAAAGAAUGCUAAAAAAAUUAGAGAAAUUAUUUUUAGAAAUUCAUUAAUUAAGAAAAAUGAUACUUGUGAUAAUACCAAAUGUACAAUAAAAAAUAACAUUUACAAAAAUAAAGAAAUAAUAAAUACUAAUAAUGAAAAAAAUGAAAUAUUUAAAAAUAAAAUAAUUUCAAAAAAAAAAAGCAUAUUAUAUAAGGAUUAUUUAUAUACUUUAUUAAUAAGGAAUCUAUAUAUUUUGUUUAGUUCAUUAAAUUUAGAAAAAAAAAAAGAAAAAAAGUUUGAUUUUACUAAAGUAUAUACAUAUGAGUAUAAUUAUAAAGAACUUACAUUGAAUAAAGUUAUUGAUCAUCUAAAAAAUUAUGGGAUAAUUGAUGUAAAAUUAACAGAUAUUAAGAACUUCAAAUUUUUUACUUAUUGUAAUAAGUUAAAAACAAAUUUCAACGAUAAAGAAUCUAAUUUUAAUAUAUGUAUAUAUAUACCUACAAAAAAGGAAGUUGAUAUAUUAUUUAUUAUUGAGGCAUUAUAUGAUUAUUUUUAUUUUAAUUUAUAUGUUCCUAUAACUACAAAAAAUAAUGAUUUAAUAUUUUUUCCAUUUAAUAUAAUUAAUAAUGUAUUAGUGAAACAUAAUUUUAAUAUAUUUGUUCCUUAUCUAUAUAUAUACUUAAAUACCCAUAACAAAAUUUCUUUUAAUUUAAAUAAUUUAAACAUAAUAACAAAUAAAUUAUUUAAUUUUACAUACAAAGAAAAUGAUACUAUUUUUAUCAUUCCUCUAAUUGCAUAUAAUAAUUAUGGUUGUAGAAUUGGUAGUGGAAAGGGAUAUUAUGAUAAAACAUUAAAAAAAAAUAAAAAUAUCACAAAUUUACAUAAAAAAGAUAUAAAAAAUGAAAUAAAAAUUAGCGUUUCUUUUGAAGUUUUUCUAUAUGAUAUAGAUUUUUAUGAAACUACUGAUAUUAUUUUGGAUUAUAUAAUAAAUGAAAAAAACAUUUAUCACUUUCUAUUUUGA